AUGCCAGUAUUUUCAUUUGUUCUUGCUAGUUUACUCAACACUUAUGCUAUUCCAGACAAAGUAGAACUUCAAAAUGAAGCCAGAAUGUAUGCAUUAAUCGUAUUAGGAAUAGCAGCCAUUAAUGGAAUUUCUGCUCACCUAAAGUAUUAUUUACUUGAAAGAGCUUCUGAAAGAUGGGCGAUUAAAUUACGUCAUUUAGGAUUUGGAAAAGUAUUACGACAACCUCAAUCAUGGUUUGAUGCAUCUGAUCAUGCUGUUGGAAAAAUUACGACAAUUCUUGUUAAUGAUACUGAUACAACAAAAAAUUUAAUUGGACAUUUUAUAGGUAAUAUGACAUAUGGUAUUGUUUCAUUAUUUGGAGGAAUGAUUUGGGCUUUUGCUAUUGGAUGGCAAUUAACUUUAGUAGGAUUCGGACUGGUUCCGAUAUUAAUUAUUACAUCUGAAUUACAAGCUUAUGUUUUACAAAAAUAUGAAAAGAAACAAAAAGUUGCAAAUGAAGAAGCUGCAAAUUUAUUUUAUCAAAUGGUUUCUAGUAUUAGAACUGUUUUUUCACUUUCUAUUGAAAAAGCAAUGGAAGAAAAAUUUCAAUUUUCCCUUAAAGUUCCAUAUGAAAUUGGUUUUAGAAAAGCACUUAUUUGUGGAUUUACUUUAGGACUUUUAGAAUCUUUUAAUUAUUUUUCAAAAGCUAUAACAUUUUGGUAUGGUGCUCAACUAGUAUUUCAAGGAAUUUAUGAUUUAAAAACGAUGUUACAAGUUUGGACUUUAGUUAUAUUUUGCACAACUGCUGCUUCACAAAUGUUAGCAACUAUUCCAUACUUUGCUAAAAGUAAACAAGCUGGGAAAUCUGUAGCAAGACUCCUUAGUUUAUCUGAGGAGGAUACAUUGUCUGGAAAAAAACUUGACAAUAUGCAAGGAAAAGUUGAAUUCAGGGACAUUCAUUUUUCAUAUCCUGGAAGAUCGGAUACAAAGAUAUUGAAUGGACUAAACUUGGAAUUACAACCGGGAGAGUCUGUAGCAUUGGUUGGAAGAAGUGGAAAUGGAAAAUCUACAGUAGCUACAUUACUUCAAAGAAGUUAUGAUCUAAAUGAAGGAACAAUAUUAUUAGAUAAUGAACCAUUGAAAAAUAUUCAACUUCAUUGGCUUAGAGAACAAAUAGGAAUAGUGAGUCAAGAACCAAUACUUUUUGAUAUGACUGUGCGGGAAAAUAUAACUUAUGGUAAAGAAGAUGCUACGAUUGAAGAGAUUGAAAAUGUAGCCAAGCAAGUUAAUAUGCAUGAAUUCAUAAAAACUUUACCAAAUGGAUAUGAGACGAAAUUAGGAAGUAGCGGAACUCAAUUAUCAGGUGGACAAAAACAAAGACUUUCAAUAGCUAGAGUUUUGAUAAGAAACCCAAAGAUUUUAAUAUUGGAUGAAGCUACAAGUGCGUUAGAUGCUUCAAAUGAACAAAUUAUACAAGAGACUUUAAGUCAAGUACAAAAAAAUAGAACAACAUUAGUUAUAACUCAUAGAUUAAACAAUAUUAAAAAUAUGGAUAAAAUAGCUCUUGUUGAGGCUGGUCAAAUCUCUGAAAUUGGAACUCACCGAGAAUUGAUGUCACUAAAAAAAGGAUAUUUUGAAUUAGCUAUUAGUGGGAAUAUUUGA